AUGCAGACCAGUUCCAUUCUAAAACUUGCUAUAUUAUUCUCUCUUCUUUACAUUGGUGCCAAUGCCCUCGCAAAGGGAUCGGCACUGAGCCCAGGUGAAAGUGUCCAACAUUUCCACAUUGAUCAGAAUUAUCACAGAGUGAAGAAAACUGGCUUUCCUUUUGAACCUCGACUGUCGAGACCGAAAAGACUUGAAAAUGUUCCUUCUUCGCAAAAGUUUCUUGUCCGUGCCAAACGCUUGGAUAUUAUGGAAGCUGCCAAGGAAGCUAACAUGGCACGUGCCAAACGCUUGGCAAAACUUGUGCAUGAUGGCAGUUCAGGUCGUUUACUUAUCAGAAGCAAGAGGAGAGACUUUAUCCAACCAGUGACUAAUAAACAUCAAUUGGCACGUGUAAAACGCCUUAGCUUCACGGAUCACCAUGGUAACCACCAUGGAAAACUGGAAUCACGUCAAACAGAAAAGCACCAUGAGAGCCAUCAUGAAACAAAACGUCAUCACGAUGGAAGAGUCAACAUCCACAAGAAGGAGAACAGAAAUGGACGGAAGGAGUUGCACGCAAAGAAAUCUAUGCACCUAAAGAAAGGUUCCCACGACGAAAAACAAGAGACAAACCUUGAAACAAUAAUUCUUUUUUCUUUCUCUCUUUCUCUCUCUCUCUCUCUCUCUCUCUCUCUCUCUCUCUCUCUCUCUCUUUCUGCAUCUUUUUUUUUAUCAUUUUCUUUUCUCCACUUCAUGUGUUUAAUCCUUCCUCUCUACUCUCGGAUGCUUUCAAAAUGGGAAAAUAUAUUGUCGUGUCUCACCUCCACACAACUUCACUACCUCUCUCUCUCUCUCUCUCUCUCUCUCUCUCUCUCUCUCUCUCUUUCAGCUUUGAAAUGCUGA